UAUGCCCUUUUCCCCCAUCUUCACGUUUUAUUUGCUUGGCCUAUGCAGAUUGUGCGGUUAAACAAUUGAGAUUCAAGAGCAACCCCUCUUAUAAUACAUAUAUAAAGCCUAGCCAAACACCAUAUCCCACAUAAGGCUUCGGUUUGUUUUUUAUCAGAAUGGAUCAAAGCAAGGCUAACACAAAAGGGAAUGUACCCUUUUCAUGGGAGAAGAAGCCUGGUGUUUCGAAGUUGAUCAACCAAGACUCUGAUCCUAAUCAAGAAGAAGAUCUUGUGUUAAAACUUCUACCACCUCCUUGCCCUAUAGAAAGCCCUAGGAUUUCAACUCAUGACACGAUUAAUAUCCCUCUUCCGCCAUGCACUUUUCAGCCUCCUUCAAGAAGUUCUUCAAGAAAAGGUAUCAGAAAGCAGGAUGAUCCUUUCUUGGCAGCUUAUAAGGAGUGCACUAAGAGUACUGAGAAAGGGGAUAAGUUGUCAAGAAAUAAUGCUGCUAGGUCUGGCUUGCGAAAGGGUUAUAUAUUUAACUUUUCAUGUAAAAAUUCUUGUAGUGUUCUUGAUGAUAAUUUAGUUAGGGUUUCUCAGUUAUGAGAUUGAUAAAGAGAGAUAUGAAAAAUGACACCAUUUGUCAACUUAACGGGUGCUUCAACAUUAAGCCUUUUAGCAUUUGAUAGAGUAAUGAUUGAUAGGUGCAAUAAUUCAUUAUAUAAAUUAAGUUGACAAAUGCUAAUAUUUGAAUGUUUUAUUUUUUUUAAUAUUUGAUGUCUACGCGAGAAUAGGUAAAAGAAGGUCUAAAAUAUAAUGCUUGGAUAGCAAUGUUGGUUGUGAUAUUUAUUGAUUCCCAAAAAAUCAUAAUAAAUUAUUCAUUCUAAUUUGGUAUUGUUUUUA